AUGGCGGACAAGGCUGGCCUGUACGACAUCUCCAAGCCCAAGUACGACUUGAACACGUACGGUGGCCGCCUCAGCUACUUUUACAGCACCACCUCGCCGCUCACCCUCCUCGCUUCGACAGCCGAGCUCACCCAGGCCCAGUCGGAUGUCACCCGCUACGAUGCUGCCAUCAAGGCCGCUGGCAAGGCGGGAUACUGGGUCGACGCGGAUGAGAGGGAGAGGUUUGACCGUGCCAAGCAGCUCGUCAACUCGUCGAUCCACCCCGACACCGGCAAGCCCGUCACCCUCCCCUUCCGCAUGUCGGCGUUUGUCCCCACCAACCUGAUCAUCUGCGCCGGUAUGCUCAUGCCCAACCCGUCCCUCAAGAGCGUUAUUCUGUGGCAGUGGGCCAAUCAGACUUUGAACGUCGCCGUGAACCACGCCAAUGCCAACAAGUCGAUUGAGAUGAGCAACUCGGAGAUCGCCACCGCCUACUGUGCUGCGACGGCCACUUCGGUCUUCCUGGCUGUUGGCCUGACUACCCUCGUGCCGCGCCUCCGCAUCGCCCCUGCCACCAAGCAGAUCCUUGCCCGCCUCGUGCCAUUUGUGUCUGUCGCCAGCGCUGGUGUUGUCAACAUUUCGUGUAUCCGCUGGAAGGAGAUGCGCGAUGGCGUCGACGUCUUCCAGGUCCAGAAGGACGAGGAUGACAACGAGGAGAAGCUUCCCCUCGGCAAGAGCCCCAAGGCGGGCCAGAUGGCCGUCAUGCAGUCUGCUGCCAGCCGUGUCCUCACCAACGUGCCCACGCUCAUUCUUCCUCCCGUGGUCAUGACCCUCCUCGAGAAGCGUGGCACCUUUGUCGGCCCCCGUGGCCACCUGUACAGCAACCUCACCCAGCUGACCCUCAUCGGUCUCUGCCUCGGCCUCGCCCUCCCUCCUGCCAUUGCCUACUUCCCCCAGCGCGCCCAGACUACUGGCGAGAAGCUCGGCGGCGAGUUCAAGGACCUCAAGGGUCCCAUCUACUUCAACAAGGGUCUUUAA